AUGAGAAGGAAAAAAUUGGCGAAUGAGUCUUUUGAUAUCCCAACUUUUCAGUGCCAAACUACUCCAACUUUAUGGAAAUUAGAAGAUUAUAUUGAAGCUUUUUCAAAAAAUGCAAAAAAAUCUUGGUUUCAUUCAGUCUCUGAAAAUGAGAAAAAAAUUGAGCAACAAUUUAAUAGAUUAAAAAUUAGUGAGCUGCUAAUAAAUAUGCUUAUUUAAAGAGAUUAAUAUGAUAUCAGCUGGCUAUCAGCAUGAUGAAUUGAACAAAUGCAUAUUUUUGAGUUUAUAUUCAAAUCGAAAUUUCAGCUUAUUCUAUAGUUUUAAGCCUAUGCUUAUAGGUAUAUAGCUGCUUGAUCAGGAUUUAUUGUAGGUGCAAUAAUAGCUGAUUCGAAUGAGCAUCAGCAGGUUGAUGUUGAUAUAGAAUUUGGGAUGAAAAUUUUAUAUUUUUUAUCAAGCUUAUCUACUUUUAUAUUACUUAUAUUUCUAAUUAUUAGAAAUUAUUUCGAUUUGGAAUGGAAAAAAGAGAGACUUAUAUAUAGCAAGCAAGACAAUUUGUAUUCGGCUGGGUAUAUACCUAAACUAAUAGUUGAACUGGCAUAUACCUUUUUAUAUAAAAUUAAUUAUAAUAUAAUUAUUAUAUAAUAAAAAUUAUAUUCAAAAAGGUAGAAAAUAUAAUCUUUUUCAUCCAGUUUGGUUUUUAGAUGACUCUUCAUAUGAAUACUAUUGUGAAUACACUCACAGCUAUAUAGAAUACCCAUGAAAUACUUUACUUUCUGUUAUUCAAGUCUCCAGAGUUUAUCAUUUAAUGAGACUUUGGAUCUUCUGAAGCAAAUAUAACGCACCUAGAGCCCAAAGAGUAUGCAAAAUGAACGGAACUGAAGGAGGUGCAUUGUUUUUCUUCAGAGGAAUGAUGACUGACAACCCUAUGCCUUUUGUCGGAAUAAUGCUAUUCGUGGGAAUAAUGAUGUUCAGCUAUAUGUUAAGAAUUUUUGAAACUCCUCUUGCAGGGAAAAAUAACAAUCAAAAUUUUGGUGAUUUUAAUAAUUCCAUGUGAAAUGUUGUAUAGGCCGAGCCCUCUCUCGAUUUCAAUCGAAAUUGGGUUUACGACAUCUGUUGAUAUAAAGCAAUUCCCCGAUUAAAUUCUAGAAAUUUUUGGGAAAGCCUGAGCCAAAAGGAGGUUUGGGCUAUAAUCACAGUUUUUACAGUAGGAUACGGAGAUACAUUUCCUGUAACUCUUCCUGGGAGAAUAAUUGAGGUUUUUAAUUCGAUAUAUGGAAAUAUACUAUUAUCAAUGAUGAUUGUGUCAUUAACCACAUUGCUUAAUUUUGAGAUCGGGGAGCGUAAAGCUGUUGAGCUGCUGGAGAGAUUGAAUUUUCAAUAGAAAUAAGAAAAAUACGAAGUUUUUUUUAAAUAAAUAAUUUUUAUUAAAAAAAAUAAUUUUCAAAUCGAGCUAAAGCAUAGUGCGGCUAGGCUAUUAACUUCAGCUUUUCGGUAUAGAGUACUAUUGAGAAAAGGCAGCGCAACUCCAAAACAAAUAUUAAUCCAAUCUGGAAAAAUAGUUAAAAGUAUUGCAGCCUUUAGAGCUACCAGAGCAAAACGAAAAGGAGUAUAUCAAAUUGAUACGGCAGAGCAUAUUAUGGAGAAAAAAGUUAACCUUAUAAGGGAUGCUACUGAGGCACAUAAAAAUAGUUUAUUAGGUUCAUUAAGAAGGUUACAGAGGGUCAAGCAAAAAUUUGAUAUUUAUUUUAAUAUAGCCAGGGUUUUAUUUUCCUUCCAUAGUUGUUAAGCAAAAUUAUAUGAUUCUAAAUAUCAGCAUAAAUAUUGAUUUUUAAAGAAAAUGGGGGAAAAAAAUGAGGUCUAUAAUAUUCAAAAAUAA